AUGAAGGGCAGUGGUAGGCGCAAGUUGGAGCAGAGAACCUUCAUGGACCAGGUUCGAGAGUGCAUGAGCAAUGGCUACCUGCUCUCCUCCAAGAAGAUUGGCUCUGGGGCCUUCUCCAAAGUGUACCUGGCCUAUGCUACCCAUGAGCGCAUGAAGCACAACCCUAAGCUGUCCUCUGACUUGCGGGGCAAGCACCACACUAUGGUGGCUAUCAAGAUUGUCUCCCUGACUGAGGCUCCAGUGGAGUUCUCUCAGAAGUUCUUACCCCGUGAGAUCUCAUCACUCAAUGCCACCUACAAGCACGUGAACGUGGUGCAGCUGUAUGAGACCUUUCGGAACAGCCAGCGCUCCUACUUGGUCCUGGAGCUGGCAGCUCGAGGUGACCUGCUGGAGCACAUCAACACCGUCUCCAACCACCGGUGCUGCCCGGGGCUGGAGGAGGAGGAGGCCCGAAGGCUGUUCUGGCAAUUGGUCAGCGCCGUGGCCCACUGCCACAAAGUCGGCAUUGUUCACCGGGACCUGAAGUGUGAGAACAUCCUGCUGGAUGACCAGGGCUUCCUAAAGCUGACUGACUUCGGCUUCGCCAACUGCACGGGGCCCAAGAACUCGCUGCUGAGUACCUUCUGCGGCUCUGUGGCCUACACAGCCCCGGAGAUCCUCAUGAGCAAGAAGUACAAGGGGGAGCAGGCCGACCUGUGGAGUCUAGGCAUCAUCCUCCACGCCAUGGUGUCCGGGAAGCUGCCCUUCAAAGAGCGCCAGCCCCACCGCAUGCUGCACCUGAUGCGCCGUGGCCCCAUCUUCCAGCGGGGCCUGUCCCCUGAAUGCCGGGACCUGAUUCGGGGGCUGCUUCAGCUGCGCCCCUGUGCACGCCUGGACCUGCAGCAGGUGGCGGCUCACCGCUGGAUGCUGUCUGGAGGGCAUGCACUCUUCUGUGUACUCCAUGAGACACCAGGUCAACAGACUAGUUCCCAGCAUCCAGUGUCCGAGGACAAGCCAAAGCUAGAGCCAGACUUGCUGUACCCAAAGCAGCAGAGAGCGUGGCACCCCCAACAGGAUGCCCCCAAGGGGACCACCUCAGAACCGGCUCUCUGGAAGCCUGCCCCAGACGAGGAGGAAGCUCUUCUGGAAAGAUGCUCCGGAGCACCAUGGCAGGCAGCUCACUAA